AUGACUGAGAAUCAUUGUGGAUCAGAAACAAAAAACAGAGGCUUCGGUAGAAACGAGACGAUGGUUACGUUAUAUCAACCUGCCACGUGGAAAAUAAUUUACCCAUUGUCUCACUUUGCUCAUACUCCACCUCCAACGGAAAAGGAAGAGAAAGACGACAAUGAGUUGAAAAUAACACACAUGCAACCAACGACAGCAAGCGCGUCACUUGCGCUUGCACGUCAUUGUCAGAUGGAUGAUCGUCCAGCUGCGUUGGGAAUGGAAGCAGCAGCUGCCAGCGAUCAGCAACAAACAACAUUGGAUCACUGCAAAAGAGAUAAACGAAUUUUAACAAAUCAUAAUUUGUUGACAAUCUUUUGUAAACAGGAAGAAAAAGCCAUUGGUCUGCUCAAGAACGUUAUGAAGCAGGAUAAGCAAAGUCGCUUCUGGUUCAAACUUGUUUGA